AUGCUUUCGUUAAGAAGAAAGGUGGACCCUAAGAAUGUGCGAGCUAGAAAGAAGCUGAUCACCUCGCACUCCACCUCUGAGGAUAAUAUGUCUCUUUCAUCAGCACCUGUAAAUUCCACCGGUGCAAAUUCGAGUGACCCAAGAAGGAUUGUUUCCAUCAAUGCUCAGGACAAUAAACUAUUCUCAGAAACAGAUAACUCUUUCUCUGAUUUCGAUAGCACCUAUUCAAUUUUUAAUUCCAUAUUCGAUAAACUGAAAAGUUCAGAUCCACAAGACCGAUCGAAUGCGACUAAAGAACUAAAAGAAUCUCUAAUUUCCAUAUCGAGGGACCUAUCAGCUGAACAGUUCCAAAGAUUUACCAAUGUUAUUAACAAUAAAAUAUUUGAACUGCUUCAUGGUGCCACGACAGAUGAAAAGAUUGGUGGUAUCACUGCAGUCGAUACCCUAAUUGCAUUCUAUCUACACAUCGAGGAACUUCCUAACCAAACAGCUAGACUAGCCAAUUACCUUCGGAUGGUUUUACCCUCAAACGAUAUGGGUGUGAUGCGUUUGGCGGCAUCAACACUAGGUAAGUUAGCUGUUCCCGGAGGUGGUACAAUUACAUCCGAAUUUGUAGAAGGUGAAGUUAAAAAUUCUCUGGAAUGGCUAACUUCUGUACCAGAAAAUAAUACAAGUUCCAAAUUAGAAUAUAAGAAGCAUGCAUCGUUACUUAUCCUGACCGGACUGGCAGAUAAUUCACCGUAUCUUUUAUACCCAUUCAUUGAUGACAUAUUAGAAAACAUAUUGAAUGCUCUCCGUGAUAACAAGAGCAUUAUUAGAGAGGAUACAGCUAAGUUACUUGGGAAGUGUCUAAUUGUAUUACGUACAAGGAAUAAUUCACAUGAAAAUGAGAGAUGGAUAGAGAAGUUAUUCAAAGAAUGCGAUUCAGGCUUUACAUUUGGAGGAAUCGAAUACGUUCAUUCCAGUUUAUUAAUAUAUUAUGAACUUUUGUCUUCUGAUAAUAACAGGCUUAUUAAAAAUAAGAUCAACGAAAUGUUUAAAAAUUGCAUGCACUGGAGAGAACACAAAUCAGAAGUUGUGAGACUAGAAGUUUACAGGGUAUUCCCAUUAUUUUCCAAGUUUAAUCGCAAAAUAUUCAUAACCAAAUAUAUGGAUCCAAUAGUAAAGUACUGCCUUAAAGCAUUAAAGACUAUGCGGGUUAACUUUAUAAAUAUUGGAGAUCGUGGGUCCGUUCUGAUGGCACUGGGUGACAUUGCCUUCGAAACUGGACAUAAUAUUACACCAUACCUAGAUGAAAUUAUAUAUAAUAUAACAGAUGGACUUAAAAUGAAAUAUAAGAUCAGGCGGCCGUUCGAGGAAGAGUUGUUUUACUGUGUCCAGAAGCUGUCUAUUGCUAUUGGUCCUGCCCUAUUGAAGUAUCUCAACAAAGACAUAUUAGACCUCAUGUUACAGUGCUAUCCCACACAAUAUAUGCAAGACACAUUAGGUACAAUUAUCAGCAAAACCCCUUCUGCCCAAAAAGGAAUAGAUGAACGACUCUGUACAUCACUCUCCAGGACUCUCUACGGUGGUAGAUUUUAUGCAUCGGGACCCCAUACAAGCACCAAACCUGUAAAUAUUAAGGAAGCAAGAAAAUACAGAAACAGAUUAUAUUUCAAUGCCAAUAGGGAGAGUAAUACCGAUGAAAAUGAUUGUAAAGUGCUAAUACAGUCAUUAAAAAUGUUGAAAGAUAUAUCUGGAACAACAUCGAUAACUAAAUUAACUAGCUUGGUUAUUAUUGAUUAUACUGCACAUGAGGAUCCAGAAGUUAGAAAACUUGCAGCAUUCAUAUCAUGUAAAGUAUUUUCUAAGACUGAUAAUUAUAACCGUGAUUCAACUGAAAAAUCCGAACUAACUGCAGAAAUAUUAAGUAAGCUUCUAAGCCUUGCUAUCACAGAUCCAGUUGACGAAAUAAGGCUUGAAAUACUCCAAAAUUUGAAUAAAAAUUUUAUUCACCACUUAGCACAACCGGAUAACCUAAGGUUUAUUUUUAUAACCCUUCAUGAUCAAUAUUUCCCAAUUCAAAAAGAAGCAAUAAAGUUAAUAGGAGCAUUGAGUGAAAGUAAUGCCUCUUCAGUAAUUCCGUUUCUUCAGAAGACGAUGUUGGGGUAUCUGUCAAUGCUAAGACACACACAUAUAACAAGAAGGAAGGAGGAGACAGCAAUCCUUUUAGAUUUACUGAUUGUUUCUAGCCCAACUACAUGCCAACCGUAUUUAGCUGAGGUAUUAGAGGUGUUAUUAAUAAAAGUUCAAGACCCUUCAACUUCUGUUGUAUGUACGUCUUUAGAUGCCAUAGGUGAUUUAACUAUUGCUGUUGGAAUAAAAAUGAGGUGUCAUAUAGAUAGAUUGAUGCCGAUUAUUAUGUCGGUUCUUCAUGACCAAUCAAAUAGUAUGAAGAGGGAAGCCGCUCUAAGAACCCUUGGGAAAAUAUCAAGUGCAUCUGGAUACGUCAUUGAACCGUAUCUUGACUACCAUAACCUAUUAGGCGAAUUAAUGGGAAUUUUAAAGACGGAAUCAUCAAUGGGAGUCAAGACAGAGGCGCUAAGAGUUAUUGGUAUAUUGGGUGCACUAGAUCCAUACAAACAUAGAGCAUCUGAAUUUACAACAAAUUCCAAGGCACAAGUAGAACAGAAUGCACCCCCUAUUGAAAUUGCACUUUUAAUGAGAGGGAUGUCUCCAUCAAAUGAAGAAUAUUAUCCGAGAGUUGCAAUUACACGAUUAACGAGAAUAUUAAAUGAUUCCACUUUAUCAACUCAUUAUACUACAUCCACACAAGCCAUAAUACAUAUAUUACAGCUAUUGGGUACACGCUCAACAGUAUUUUUAGACCAAGUAAUGCCGAGUAUUCUUUCUGUUAUGAAAACAUGUCCUCCAUCGUUGCUUGAUUUCUAUUUCCAGCAACUUGGCUCUCUUAUUACUCUGGCCAAGCAAGAGAUUGUACCCUAUGUUGAAGAAGUAUUCACGACAAUUUUUGAAUUUUUUCCUAUUAUAAAACUUCAAAGUACAAUUAUAUCCUUGAUCGAGAUCACGUCCGCAACCAUUGGAAGUGAACUGAAGCAAUACAUGCCUUUAAUUUUAACUCAUUUUUUAAAUGUUCUUGAACACGAUAGCUCCGUAAAGAAAGUUGUUUCUACAAAAAUUCUGAAAUGUCUCGUUGCAUUCGAAACAAACUUGGAGGAAUAUGUUCAUUUUAUUAUACCUAAGUUGAUAUAUCUUGCCGAAUAUUCCAUCGAGUCUCUCAGAAAAAGUGCCAUUUUUACUAUCGGUAAGCUAGCAAGAAUAAUCGAUCUCUCGGAAGUGUCCUCAACUAUAUUACACACUCUUGUUAGAAUUUUAAACUCCGAUGAAAAGGAUUUGAUUAAAGCUACCAUGAAUACAAUUUGCUUUUUGCUACUUCAGAUGGAUCAUGAUUUCAUCGUGUUUAUUCCGAUAAUUAAUAAGACGCUAAUCAGGAAAAAAAUCCAACAUUCAAUUUAUGAUCAGCUCAUUAGUAGGCUUCUGAAUAACGAGAGUCUUCCAAUUAAUUCAACGGACAAAAUACAUAGUACCCAAAGUAAAGUAGAGGAACCUGAUACCCCACCACUAAGGAAUCUAGCUGUGAAUGAAGAGAACUUGAAAAUAUCAUGGGAUUGCAGCCAGCAGAGAACCAGAGAUGAUUGGCAAGAAUGGUUUAGAAGAUUAUCCAUCCAAUUGUUGAAAGAAUCUCCUUCACAAGCUCUUCGUGCAUGUUCAAAUUUAGUUAGUGCCUAUUACCCAUUGGCUAGAGAUUUAUUUAAUGUAUCAUUUGCCAGUUGUUGGAGGGAAUUAGGUCCAUCGUAUAAAGAUGACUUUAUGAAAUCAUUAAACAAAGCAUUAUCAUCGCUGCAAACUCCACCAGAAAUAUAUCAAACUUUGCUCAAUGUUGUAGAGUUUAUGGAACAUGACUCAAAUAUGCUACCUCUAACAUCACAGACUUUGGGUAAGUACGCCCAAAAGUGCCAUGCCUUUGCCAAGGCUCUUUAUUAUGAAGAACAGGAGCUUACAGAAAAUGCCAAUAGUUCGACUAUCGAAUCCCUUAUAAGUAUAAACAAUCAGCUUCAUCAGACAGAUGCAUCAAUCGGUAUUUUAAAGUAUGCAGAACAACACCAUGACAUGCAACUGAAAGAGACAUGGUAUGAAAAAUUGCAACGUUGGGAGGAUGCCUUAAAUUCCUACAAUGAAAGAAUAAACGAAGGCGAUACUUCGUCUCCUGUAAUGCUUGGUAAAAUGAGAUCAUUAUAUGCACUGGGAGAGUGGACUAAACUGUUUGAUCUUACGAAGGAAAAAUGGAAUUCUGUCACCCAUGAAACACGUCAAAAUAUUGCCCCACUUACUGCUGGUGCUGUCUGGAAUCUCGGUUACUGGGAUAUGAUGGAACAAUAUGUCAACCAUAUUACGCCGAAUACAUUUGAAAGAGAAUAUUUUGAUGCUAUCUUUUCAUUGCACAGAAAUAACUUUCAUAAGUCAACAAACCACAUUGAUAAUGCUCGUAAUCUACUUAUGACAGACAUGUCAUCAUCUUUAAAUGAGAGUUACAGUAGAACAUAUGGGUUUGUAAUUCGUUUACAAAUUCUUUCAGAACUUGAGGAGAUAAUUACCUAUAAAAAGCUACCAUUCAACUCCUUAAAAAAAGAAGAAAUGAAAGAUACAUGGAACAAGAGAUUACUAGGAGUACAGAAAAAUGUAGAUGUCUGGCAGCAAGCUUUAUUGAUACGUUCACUUGUCGUCAAACCAAAAGACGAUAUAAAUAGUUGGGUCAAAUUUGCCAAUUUAUGCAGAAAAUCGAAUAGAAUGGGAAUGGCAAAAACUGUACUGAACAUGCUUGUGGACAAUUUGGAUGAUCCAGAUCAACCAUAUGCUGUAGUAGCACCACCUCCUGUGGUGUACGCCCAGUUGAAAUAUCUAUGGGCAGAGGGUUCUGAAAGAGAGGCACUAAGUCAUCUGAUAACUUUCACUUCUAAAAUGACGAUGGAUUUGGGAUUGGACCCUACAAAUAUGAUUCGCGAACGUGUGAUUGAAAAGAGUAAUACAUCGCCAGAAAAUGUACAUGCCUAUACAAAGUUACUAUCGAGAUGCUUUCUUAAGCAAGGAGAAUGGCGUGCUGCUCUCGAACCAAAUUGGCGUCUUGUCGAUUCAAACUCUAUUUUAGGUUCAUACCUAUUAGCAACCCAUUUUGAUAAAUCAUCCUAUAAAGCAUGGCAUAACUGGGCGCUUGCAAAUUUCGAGGUUAUAUCUGUGUCAAGAUCAAAGAGAAAAGAGGCUUCAAAUGAUGAAAAACAGUCUGUAACCUCUAAGAAAGAUGUAGUAGUGGAUGAAACUAAUCAAUCAAGAAUGGAUCUAAUAGGUUCCACAACAUUUACUGAAAUUGAUGAAAACGACUACUCUGCCGAAUUAAUUCAACAUCAUGUCGUUCCAGCUAUGAAGGGGUUUUUUCACUCCAUUGCGUUAUCAGGAGUAAAUUCCAUACAAGAUGCUUUAAGAUUACUUACAUUGUGGUUUAAAUUUGGUGGACUACCAGAGGCUACACAAGCAAUGCAUGAAGGUUUUACACUAAUUAAUAUUGCUACAUGGCUGGAAGUCCUACCGCAACUGAUAUCCCGUAUUCACCAAGAAAAUAUAAUUGUUAGUAGGUCACUAUUAUCAUUGCUAUCAAAUCUUGGGAAAGUUCAUCCACAAGAGCUUGUAUACCCAUUGACUGUUGCAAUCAAAUCUGAGUCAGUUUCCAGACAAAAAGCCGCUCUUUCUAUAGUUGAAAAUAUGAGAAUGCACAGUUCAGAAUUAGUAGAUCAAGCUGAAUUAGUUAGUCAUGAAUUGAUCCGUAUUGCUGUCCUAUGGCAUGAAUUGUGGUAUGAAGGUUUAGAAAAUGCAAGUCGACAAUAUUUUGGUGAACAUAAUAUCGAAAAGAUGUUUGCCACGUUAGAACCACUACAUGAAUUGUUACAGGCUGGUCCCGAAACUCUUCGUGAAAUAUCUUUCCAGAAUCAUUUUGGGAGAGAUCUAGGUAAUGCUUAUAAAUGGGUAAAAAAAUACAAGCUUUCGAACGACCUAAGCAACCUGAACCAGGCAUGGGAUAUUUACUACAAUGUAUUUAGAAAGAUCAGCAAACUAGUUCCUGAAUUGGAGAUGCUUGAAUUGCAACAUGUUUCUCCCAAAUUAUUGAAGGCAAGGAACAUGAAAUUAACUGUUCCUGGUACAUACCGAGUUGGCGAAGAAGUUAUCACAAUUUCACAUUUUGAACCUGUUGUUCCAGUCAUUUCAUCAAAACAAAGACCGCGUAAAAUAUCAAUUAAAGGUACCGAUGGAAGAGAUUAUCAAUAUGCUCUGAAAGGUCAUGAAGAUAUUAGACAAGAUAGUUUGGUUAUGCAACUAUUUGGACUUGUAAAUUCGUUAUUACAAAACGAUCCAGAGUGUUUUAGAAGACAUUUGGAUAUCCAGCAAUUCCCUGCGAUCCCAUUAUCUCCAAAGUCUGGUAUUCUGGGUUGGGUUCCAAACAGUGAUACUUUCCACGUAUUAAUUCGAGAUUACAGAGAAACGAAUAAGGUUCCGUUGAACAUUGAACAUUGGGUAAUGUUGCAAAUGGCUCCUGAUUAUGAUAUAUUAACACUUUUACAAAAAGUCGAGGUAUUUGAAUAUGCCAUGGAUAAUACAGAAGGUAAAGAUUUAGCCGACGUACUGUGGUUGAAAAGUAGAUCAUCAGAGUCAUGGUUAGAACGCCGUACUACAUAUACUAGAUCACUGGCUGUUAUGUCAAUUGUUGGCUAUAUUCUUGGUCUUGGUGAUCGUCAUCCAAGUAAUUUAAUGCUGGAUAAAUACACAGGUAAAGUGGUACAUAUAGAUUUUGGUGACUGUUUUGAAGCGGCUAUACUAAGAGAUAAAUUCCCAGAAAAGGUUCCGUUUAGAUUGACAAGGAUGCUUACAAAUGCUAUGGAAGUUAGUGGAGUAGAAGGUAGCUUUAGAAUUACAUGUGAAAAUAUAAUGAGAGUACUGAGAGACAACAAAGAGUCACUGAUGGCCAUUCUAGAAGCUUUUGCAUUCGAUCCUUUGAUUCACUGGGGUUUCGAUAUAUCUCGCGAAAAGAUUAUGGAAAUGACAGGUAUCGAGCUUCCAGACACAAAUUUGAAUGAUUUAUUAAGGAAAGGAGCCAUAACCCAGGAGGAAUUUACCAAGAUGGAGGAACAGCAAGAUAACGAAAUGCGGAAUGCCAGAUCAGUUCUUGUUUUAAGAAGAAUUACAGCGAAACUUGUUGGUAAUGAUAUAAUCGCAGAGGCACAACUAGACGUACCAGAGCAAGUCGAUAUGUUAAUCCAACAAGCAACGUCAAUAGAGAAUCUGUGUCAACAUUACAUUGGUUGGUGCCCAUUCUGGUAG